AUGCACACGAUAUCGAUGAAAAAGCAGGACGAUGGAGAGGCGGCGGAAGCCCCCAAGCCCAAAGCAAAGCGAGGUCGCGCCGACAAGGAGAACGAAGAGGACGGAGCUCCUGCUCCCAAGAAAGCGCGCGGCAAAGGCAAGAAGGCUGCUGUCAAGGAAGAGGACGACGAAGAUGUCGCUGCUGAGGAAGUCGAGGCGCCCAAGCCCAAGCGUGGCAAGAAGGCAGCCGCCAAGAAAGAAGUCGAGGAAGGCGACAUGGAAGAGCCCGAACCGCCCAAGGCCAAGCGUGGUCGAAAGGCAGUGCCCAAGCAGGAGGUCGACGAGGACGAAGCGGAAGAGCCCGAACCGCCCAAGGCCAAGGCCAAGCGGGGCAAGAAGGCUGAUGCCGAUAGCAAGGCGGCCCCACAGAAGAGGUACGAUAGCUAUGUACCACCUUGUAUUCGAUGUUGGCUAACACUGUUCAGGAGUAGCAGGAAGAAGGCCACCGUUAACUAUGAAGAGGAGUAG